UAAAAAUACACAACAACAACCAAACAAUAUUUUCAAACAAUAAAAUGUAGUUAAAGUAACAAUUCAAGUUGAUUGAAUCAAAGCAAUGUCCAACCGGAAGUCAAAACGAGCAAAAAAAAUUAAUUUCAGUUUAAAUUAAACAGGAAACAUGAUAAAUAUCCUAUCUUAUGUAGGCAUGAGUUUACAGUCUGAAGUGUGCUUGUGGACUUUGCUGGGCCUCGUGCGGACGAUAUUCGACGCUACUCUGUUCAAAGUCAAUGCUAAUUUGAAACAGGUAUGGCAGAUGACCAUGCCAGAAGAGCUGUCAUUGCCGGUGCAGCGCGUGCUGCGUACCAUGAUCUCGGGCAUUAUGCUCGUGCAGUGCUUCACGGUCUACGUGUAUCUGGCAUCGUACAUAGUCCUCCUCUAUCCUGUUUUCCUGGAGGAACGUCCGACCUUAGUUCUUCCGUGGCUUUUGCUGGCUGCGAUAAGGAAGCUACUGUGUGAAUUGACAAGUCUUGCCCUCGGUCUGGGCACUUGCGUCCUUUUGGGUGCCGCCCGACCACCUUGUAUCAAGUUUGUCGUCAUCAAGGUUAUUUCCAUUAUGCCUUCAUUUUACAUGUGGAUGCUUGUUUACGGUUACUAUCACGUCCUAAAAGUGGCAUCAGUGUUUAAAACAUUCCCCGUAGUUCUUCCCCCUAGCGAACAUGAUUAUGGGCUGGAACUAGCCGUCAGAAGACGACGAACAAAAUCGUUACUAGGCGAGGAACAGCUGCGAAGGCGGCUACUUUGUAAUGUCUACAACGAGCGUCACUCAUUGAACCCAGACGUCCUCAGACCCAGGCCCGACUACUCUUCAAGAAUGAGCCAUGCCACAGACACAAGUGCCGAGGACAACACUAAGGAAGAAAACGAUAUUAUGGUACAUCCCCUAUCGACUACUUCUAAUCGCAUCAUGUCAGAUACGGGAUGCUAUGACGAAUGCUUUGGUAGUGAAGUUAUGGUUCCACGCGAUUCAGAUCGUAUACUCGAGCAAUUCGGAGUAAUGAUGCUUCGAAUUGGGGCAUACAUAUCUAAAGAAGGCAAUGAAUCAGCUACUUCACAAAUAUUAAAUUCAGCUACUUCACAAGUAUUAAUGGAACAUAGAAGAAGUAAUCAUGACUGCACAACUAUGCCUCCAGACGACACUGACACUCCACUACUUGUGGGAAAUAGCAAAGGAAGAACGGCGUCGUAUUUGAGAGAUUAUCCACAAAUCUUUGGCAAAAAGCCUUCUGAUAUUCCACUACAUUCAGAUAUGACUAUAACGCUAACUUCUGACGCGAGAAUUUCUCCUUCUCAAUUAUUGAGAAAUCAAAGUCAAGUCAAUGAAAAUAAUAACACCACCGAUAAUAAUAAGUGUUCGAGUAGUAGCCCAUCUGACGAAGCCGUAUCUGUAGAGACGGAAACUCCAAGUACUUCGAAGAAAUUAAGCAACACAUCAAAUCAAGAUGUUAGGGAAAUAACACAAAACAAAAUACAAUCAGGUGUGUCAAGUGAAAGGUCAGUAAAUUUUAAAGAUGUAAAAAAGAAAAUUUCCUUUACACAGCGACUAGCAAAUGAAUCAAAACAGAAAGAGAAUGGAACGUCAGAAUCGGAAAAUAAUAAGUCUAUAAAUUUAGAAGAAAAAGAUAGUUUGGAGUCAAUUAUCGAAGGUAUGCAGAAGCACCGGUCUUUGAAAACAAAAUCUUUGAAUAAAGAUAAAAAUGAUAACAAAGCCCGGGCUGUUAAAUCAAAUCAACAUAAAAAAUCUUCAGUUACGAUACUAAGUGAUGAUGAGGAAAGCUCAGCUGAUAGUCUUACGUCUAACAAAUCCAAAACUGAAAAAAGGGAAUAA